AUGUCGGCUCCAAUCAAAACCGUCGCACUUGCAGGUGCAAAUGGUUUCUUGGGACGUGUUCUCCUUGAUGUUCUCCUAAAGUCGAAACUAUUUGAGCUCACCGUUCUCACUCGUGAGGGGUCCCGCCACGAAUUCCCUGCAGGCGUUACAGUGAAGAAGGUCGACUACGAGUCAGUCCUCAGUCUUGAAGCUGCCCUUGGAGGACAAGAUGCUCUCGUUUCAGCCUUGGCAUUCGACGCAAUCCAUAUCCAGAGGAACGUUGUCGAUGCGGCCUUCAAUGCUGGCAUACGGCGGAUGAUUCCCUCCGAAUACGGCAAUGACACCAUGAACCCCAAGCUCGCUCUCAUACCCAUCUAUCAGCCCAAGAUUGCUAUCCGCAAGUACCUUGAUGAAAAGGUAGCUGCAAGGCCCUCGUUCUCAUAUACCAUCAUCAUGAAUGUCUCUUUCUUGGCGCCUGGGUACGCACUCGACUUCCUUGUAGAUGUCAAAGGCAAGAAAGCCCACAUCAAGGACGGCGGCGACGUGAGAUUCUGCGCAACGACCAUGCCACACAUUGGUCAAGCUAUCAUUGGCAUUCUCACUCAUCUUGAGGAAACUGCAAACCGCCCGGUGAAGAUCAGCAGUGUUGAGACCACGCAAAACGAGAUUGUCGAGAUUUCAAAAAGCAUCGACCCGACAGGAGAAUGGGAAAUCAAGCAUUCUAAGACUGAAGACUUGGAGAAGAUAGCACACGAGAGAUGGAACUCGGGCGAUCACAGCGAGGAGGUGGUGGAGAUGUUUAUCAACCGUGCUUUUAUCGGCACAGAGGCUGGUUAUUUCCCCAUAACUGACAACAAGCUGCUUGGUAUCGAUCCUAUAGGCAGGGAGGGGCUGGAACAGAUCAUCAAGACAGCCAUCAAAGGAUGA